AGUCAAACCCCCGACCUGCCCCUGGGCGACAGCUCACCAUCAGUCCCAUGUUAAUGUCGCGACGCGAUGGCUUUCUAAACAUAGACCUCACGGAUCACAAUCUGCGCGAUGCUUCAGAGGAAACACUCCAACGUUUCGGACAAACCAUCACCCAGCCAUAAACCGAAGCGGUCAGCAAGUUUCGGCCGAUUCGAAGCGCUUCGGUUUUCGAGACCCGUGAAGAUCGAAGACUUCGGGACCGAUCGGCGCGUGGACGGCCAUUCGGAGCCCAAGGGGGAGCAGGACAAGGCCAGUACCCUGGGGAAGAAGAUGCGAGCCAUCUCCAUGACCGUACGCAAGCGGAUGGGCAGGAGCUACAUCAAAGCUCUCUCGGAGGAAACGGUCGAGGAAGCGGGACAGAAGCAUGGGGGCCAGGCUGAAGGUAAUGUCCAGUGCCUGAGGAGAAGGUCCAGGAGGGGCAACAGCUCACUGGAGACCCUCUACAGCCUCAGCUGCGACUCAAGCUCCUCCAGCGGAGUCGGCAGUGGAUCCAAGAACCGGCAGAGUCUGUGGCUGGACGUGGAGCUGCCGUACGCCGGGCCGUUCUGCGGCCGGGCCCGGGUCCACACGGACUUCGUCCCAAGCCCCUACGACGCAGACUCCUUGAGACUCAAGGUAGGCGACGUAAUCAACGUUAUCAGCAAGACCCCCGUGGGAAUUUGGACGGGCAUCCUCCGUGACAAGGUGGGAACCUUCAAGUUCAUCUACGUCGACCUCCUGGAGGAGGCUGGCCGGGAGAAAGUCCAGUUGUACCGGAGGAGGAGCAAGCUGCCCGAGCCGGCCACCCUGCAGGAGUUCCUCGAGAAGCUCCACUUGGAGGAGCACGCCUCCACCCUGCUGCUUAAUGGCUACCAGACCGUGGAGGACCUGCGCGAGCUGACGGAGCAGCACCUGUGCGAGCUGAACAUGACCGAUCCGGAGCAGCGACGCCUCCUGCUGGCUACUACACACAGCCUCUCCGACGGGGAAGACGCUGACGAGGAGAAAGGGGCCGGCCACGAGGAGAAAGGGGCCGGCCACGAGGAGAAAGGGGCCGGCCACGAGGAGAAAGGGGCCGGCCACGAGGAGAAAGGGGCCGGCCACGAGGAGAAAGGGGCCGGCCACGAGGAGAAAGGGGCCGGCCACGAGGAGAAAGGGGCCGGCCACGAGGAGAAAGGGGCCGGCCACGAGGAGAAAGGGGCUGGCGCCGGAUCUGCCCACGACUCCGGCAGUGACGUCACGCCGGAGAGCGCUGAAAAAAACAGCAGACACUACCCCGACGGCGCCCCCUGUCAGCACGCCGUCAUAGUACAGACCUGAACGUCCCCCGUCCCGCCUCAGCAGUUGGAAUGACCCACUCACUGAGAGUCUGGGCAGUUUCCAGGCCAUAGGGAUGCGGUGAACAAAGACCUUAUGACUGACCUAUGGGGUUUUUGGCUGAUGAAUCAGAUCUGACUGAUACUUGUUGUGGUAAGAGUUGCAUGUGUGGGGGGGGGGGGGGGGGGGCGGUUCUCUGCACACGUGUUCUGUUCUUCCUCUAUAACUUGUUUCCGAUUGUGAUUUUCAUCGCUGUACAGUUUGUUGAUGUCCCUACUUUAAGAGCAGGACGCGCCAGUUAUGUGCAUUUAACAAUAAGAACACAUGGGAGGUCUGACCCCCGCCCCCUGCCCCCCCACUCACGUGAAGGUCGCCGUUGCGGCACUCCGACGCCAUUCCCAUGAGCCAACGGUCCUCCAGCCCCAAUCCACACCUGCGGGAACCGCCGUCGUAGAUUCAUUUUCCUGCCGGCUUCAGAGUUGCGUACUUUCUGAAUGACUGUCACGAGGAGCCUGGAAAGCCACAGCCCGUCCGCUCCAUUUCAGCUGCCUGAAGCAGAAUUCCUUUAGAAAGCACUCUGCCGCCAUCUGCUGGUGAGGCUCAGUCUGGACAGGCUCAUUCAGAACGCGCAUCCCUUUCUGAACACGGCCAUCCCCACAAAGCCACAGCCAGCAUUACAAUUACGUCAUCACACCUCUGUGGUACUCAGAUGGACGCCUUAAACCACUGGAUUUCAUGUCACAUUUAAUAAAAUUUGCAAUAAAUACAACACCUCUUAAAAAGCCAAGAAAGCACGUCGUUAUUCAGGGGUUCAUGCCGGGAAAGUGUGUAUAAAAACAGAACAAAUGUCGUUCUCGCAAUUUUCUCAUUAAAAUGGGAAUCGUACAGAAUAAAAUUUACGCAGAAUGGCACACGUGUGUAUGUGUGUGUGUAGGGGGGGGGGGUUACAUGUUAA